AUGGCGGAACAAAUCCAAUCGCUGGACGCCGAUACGCACAUUCUUCUCGACCAACCGCUCCUCCGCGUGCCUCACGAAUUGCUCCGCAAGAACCUCAAAUCAGCACAACGACAUGUCGACCAGGCCGGCAAGAACAUGACCAAAGACCUUCAAGCUCAGCCAUCCAAUUCCGCAGCCGCCCUCGCAUCGCUCGACGCUCUCCUGGCCAAAGCCACGAACCUUCAACGCAAGCUUGAGCAACUCGCGGCGGAAGAAAAGUCCCUGCACGCUCAACAAUCGGCACGAAUCGCCCAUCUGACCCGGCUCCAUGACAUAUCCAGUCUCUCGGAUGUGGCAUAUGAUAAUUGGUCUCACACGCGUCUGGAUCGCCUCUUAGUCGACCAUCUCCUCCGCCAAGGCCACUCCCGCUCCGCCCGAUUGUUGGCCGAUGAGCAAGACAUCCUCCCGCUCGUUGAUCUGGCAGUGUUCGAAGACAGUCGGCGGAUUGAACAGUCGUUGUUAGCAGGCAAGACGGCCGAAUGUCUGGCGUGGUGCGGAGAGAACAAGCAAGCGCUCAAGAAGAUCAACUCCAACCUGGAACUAGAGUUGCGAUUGCAGCAGUUCAUUGAGUUGGCGCGAGGAGGAGAUGUCGGGGAGAAAGUGGCGGCGAUUGUGCAUGCGAGGAAGCAUUUGGCUGGAGGGCAAGAGGUGGAGUUUGGAUUGAGGGCCGGAGGUCUGUUGGCGCACGAGUGUGAUACUAUGGUUGAACCAUAUCGCAUGAUGUAUGCUCCGGCCCGAUAUCCUCACCUCGCGAACCUUUUCCUCAAAACCCACCACUCCCUCCUGCAACUCCCCUCUCAGCCUCUCCUCUAUACUGCCCUCAGCGCCGGCCUCUCCGCUCUCAAAACUCCCUCCUGCCAUUCAGUACACACCGCAACCCAUACCGGUGCACCGGUCUGUCCUAUAUGCUCCACCGAAUUGAACGCGCUCGCGAAAGGAGUGCCGUAUGCGCACCAUACAAAGAGUUUCAUCGAUGAGGAUCCUGUGGUGCUGCCGAACGGGAGGGUCUACGGGAGGGCGAAAUUGGAGGCGCUGAAUACAAAGUUGGGAAUUGGAAAGGGAAGAGUGAGAGAUCCUGCUGGGGGAGAGGAGUGGGCUGAGGAGGAGGUGAGGAGAGUUUUCAUUUUGUAG